CUUUGAAGUUGGCGACUGGGUGUGGGUGCAUUUGAGGAAGGAGAGGAUUCCCUAGCAGAGGAAAUCAAAGUUGAUGCCCCAAUGUGAUGGUCCUUUCCAGGUGGUUUCGAAGAUUGGAAGCAACGCCUACAAGAUCGACUUGCCGGGAGAGUAUGGAGUAAGUGCAACGUUUAAUGUUUCUGACCUUGCACCUUAUUUGGAUGGCAAUUCGGAUUUGAGGGCAAAUACUUUUGAAGAAGGAGGGGCUGAUGAGGACAUCAGUUGGCCAGUCACACGUGCUAAGGCAAUGACGUUGAAGGAGAAGCUUGCGACAUAUUUGGAGAGCUACUUUGGAUCCAUGGACGUGGAGCUAUUUCGAGGGAAGCCAUAUAUGAUGAUUCGAGUGGAGGAAGAAGGAGGAAGUGUUGAAGAGAAGGCAGAUUGCAAGAAGCAGCCUUAACGGGUUUGCUUAACGGGUCCAGCCUUAAUGGGUCCAGGCUUAACGGUUUGGGAUUAACGGGAUUGCUGGGCUAUUUUCGUGUUUCCUUGUUUUAAAGUCGGUUUAUGAUUGUUUUUCCAUGUUUGAUUCGGAUUUGGGUUGUACUUUGCCUAUUUAAAGGGCUGAACACGUUGGUUUGCCCUUAGACGGUUAUUAUUGAAUUUCAGAGGCUAUUGCCGAGUUCCCUACCUGGAAUUUGCCUAAUUACUCUGUCGAGAAUCUCCAGAGUGCUAGAGCGACUCUUAACAGCUAGGUAUUCACCCUGGUUGUGGCGAGCUACCCAUAUCAAUUGCCCUUUAUUCCAAGUUGAAUCUGUCCGAUCGAUUCAUAUAUCGAUUGCCCUUAUUCACGGGUGAGUACUGUCCGAUCGAUUUCCAUCCUAUCCGGUUCUGUUUGGUUCGAGAAGCUUGACCCUACGCAACUUUGGUUAUAUCAUCAACUCAAUGAAUUGUGUCUUAUUGA